AUGUUAUCGCGAGUGGCACGCCAGCACAAUGCUAUCUUCCAUCUCCGGAAGUCCAGCGCCCAUCGGGCUUUGGGCACCUCGACCUUACGGCGACACACUAAUACAACUCGGCCUAGUCCUGCUAUAACUGCUCAGAUGAGUAAGGCUCCGGAAAUGAAACGGAGACCAUCAUUUCAGUCCCAACGGAACCUCGCGACGGCCACCGAUUCCCCUAUCCUGGACAAAUCAUCAUACAUGCCCUUUCAAGACGCGUUCUCAUCUCCCACCGACCGCCCAGUAGCCAUGGGGGACUCAGUACUCGACUUCUCCGAUUCCUUCGACCCGUCAUCUCUCAUCAUCCUGAACGAGCUGCCAGAGGCCCAACCAAAAAUCUUCCGGAAGGUUCGCGGCGUGGGUGGUGACGAAGAGGAAAUGAAGGCGAAUUUCGAGAUGUCGCUCAAGGUCGGCCGGUUCGAUCGAGCUGCGGCUUUGAUGGAUCGUCUCUCAUCUUUCUACCCGUUCGAUUCUCCCGAAUACGUCGCUUUCCACAACCGGUAUCUGAAGGAGAUGGUCUCAUACAUGAUUGCCAAGAGCGAGCAGAACAUGGUAGCUCCGUUACAAAAAUGGUUCGAAGUGGAUAUGCCGUCUGUGGGCAUGAGGCCAGAUGCCGUUACCUAUGCCGUAAUGACGCGCAUGGCUCUGCGCAUGCUUCACGGAGCUCAACGCGAUAGAGCGGUUCGUCGUUACUGGGAACUUGCCAAGAAGAGUGGCUUACAUGAAGAUCUUCUGGCGGUUGAAGUAUUGACGGAUCAAGAUCUGGGGGGAUUUGUCCAAGCGUUCGAAGAUCCAUCCAAUGGUAUUUCCAUCGAAAUUGAUACUCCAAGCGACAAUGUGCCGGAGGUGCUUGCUGCCGAUCAGCGAGGCCUGGGCUUGAGUUCUUUGCAUUCUUCUCUCGGGUUAUUCUCGGGAAACACAAAGGUUACCUUUCCUGAGUCAUUCCAAGGAACGGAAGCCGACAAGCAAAAAUUGCUAGCAGAACUCCGACAGAAACAACUUGAGGCUGAUACCCUCAGGGCGGCCUCCAACCGCUGGCGGGCUGAAUUUAGCGAGCGACAGAAGAUGGGCAUCGGUAUGACCGAAAAGGUCAGCGUGAAUUCCUUGAUGAGCGUCUGGCAUGCUAGUCUUGUAUCCGAAAUCGAGCAGGAACUGCGGCUUGCGGAGGAGGACGAAGGAAAACCUAUCAAGAGCGAAGAGCAAAAAGAGAGAGUGGAAUACGCCGUAUUUUUACGAACUCUGGACCCUGAGCGCCUGGCUGCUCUCACAAUCCUUACCGUUAUGCACACUUUCAGCCACCAAGGCAUGGAAAAGGGCGUCAAGCUCUCAGCGCUUGCUUCGGCUAUUGGCCAGGGUCUGAAAGAUGAACUUAUCGCGGAGGCUUCCAUCAACAAGGCCCCCGAUAAUAAGCAAGCUAAGCGACUAAGGGAGAUGGCUGCAACGCGAAAGGGCACCAGGAACGAUCGGAUCCAAUGGCAUACCCUCUCUCAGAAGAUUCUAGCGGCAGAUACCAGCUUGGAUUGGAGCCCUCGUACCAUAGUCAGGGUUGGUUCGGCUCUGAUGAAUCUCCUAAUCAACUCCAGCAAAGCCCCUUCGAGUAAAUCCAAGAAGGGUGAUGCUACCUUGACCACCCAACCCGCGUUCCAACACUCUUACAGCAUCGAUUUCGGGAAGCGUUUGGGGCUCAUCCAUAUGCACCCGGAAAUUGUCAAGACCAUCACCAAGGAGCCACCUGCGAGUGUUAUUGGUCGCCAUCUCCCCAUGACUUGCCAACCUAAGCCCUGGACUGGAGUUAAGGAGGGUGGGUAUUUGAUGUACCAGAAUUCCAUUUUCCGAUCAACUCCCGGUGAGACAUUGCAGGCCCGUUAUAUGCAAGCAGCGUUGGAAAACGGAGACUUGAAGGAGCUCACGGCAGGUCUUGAUGUUCUUGGUAGCACUGCCUGGGUUAUCAACCCGGAUGUUCUCAAUGUCAUGAUCGAGGCUUGGAACUCAGGCGACCGCAUCGCGAGCUUGGCACCCUUGGAACCAGACCUUCCUACUCCGCCUGCCCCCGACCGUGAGGCUGGUUCCGCUGCCAUCAAAGCUUGGAGAAACCAGAUGCGAGAUAUUGAAAAUCAGAGGAGUGGCUUCCACUCCGUGCGUUGCUUCCAGAACUUCCAACUUGUGGUUGCACGUGCUUUCCGCCAGGAAAAGUUCUAUUUACCUCACAACAUAGAUUUCCGCGGUCGAGCCUACCCUCUGCCACCUUACCUGAAUCAGAUGGGUGCCGAUAAUGCUCGAGGUCUUCUUCUCUUCGCGGACGCGAAGCCCCUCGGCGAAAGUGGGCUGCGCUGGUUGAAAAUCCAAAUUGCAAACCUUGCGGGCUACGACAAAGCCAGCAUGUCUGAGCGUGAACAAUUCACGAUGGAUCAUCUGGACCAAGUCUUGGACUCUGCCAACAAGGGCCUUCAUGGUGAACGGUGGUGGUUGAAUGCUGAAGACCCAUGGCAGUGCCUGGCUGCAUGCUGUGAACUUCGCAAUGCUCUCCAGUGUUCCGAUCCCACUCAGUAUAUGUCCCGCCUCCCAAUUCACCAAGAUGGUUCUUGCAAUGGCCUUCAGCAUUAUGCUGCCCUUGGAGGUGACCAAGUCGGUGCUCAGCAAGUUAACCUGGAGCCCUCGGACCGACCCUCUGAUGUCUACACCGGUGUCGCAGAGUUUGUGAAGCAAGCUGUUGCUGAAGACGCCGCUGCAGGUGAUGAGCUAGCCAAGGUUUUCGAUGGCAAAGUCGCUCGAAAAAUUGUCAAGCAGACAGUCAUGACCAACGUCUAUGGUGUUACAUACAUUGGCGCUGUGCGUCAAAUCCGUCGCCAAUUGAUCGACCAUUAUCCCGACCUUACUGCCGAUCAAAAGAAGCAAGGUGCCAAGUACCUCGCCAAGAAGGUUUUCAACGCUCUGGGGACAAUGUUCAACGGAGCCCACGAGAUUCAAUAUUGGCUUGGUGACUGCGCCAAUCGUAUCACCUCCUCUCUGUCUCCCGAGCAAAUCGAUGAAAUCACCAGUGGUGCUAUGUCGGAUCGUGACGGGAAGAAGAUCGCCAACCAAGACGACCCUACCAAGCACUUCCGCAACACGGUUAUCUGGACCAGCCCUCUUGGUCUGCCCGUCGUCCAGCCUUAUCGUACCCGAAAGGCGCGCCGUGUUGUGACUACUCUUCAGCACCUCAACGUCAUCGACCCAUCGUCCGGAGACGUGGUCUCUCGACGAAAGCAACUGCAAGCCUUCCCACCCAAUUUCAUCCAUUCUCUCGACGCCACACACAUGAUCAUGUCCGCCAAUGCCUGCCACAAGGCAGGCCUGACUUUCUCUGCCGUCCACGACUCUUUUUGGACCCACGCGGGCUCCGUGGACUCUAUGAAUAGAAUCCUCCGCGAUUCUUUCGUGAAGUUGCAUUCCGAAGAUGUCAUCGGACGACUUGCCAAGGAGUUUGAUGUCCGUUACGGAAAUCACCUCUACCUGGCUCGCAUCCGUUCCACAAAUGAGAUCGGGAAAGCCAUCAGGGCAUACCGCCAGUCCAAGACAAAAAAUGUCAAGCUCGCUGAGCUUAUUGCGGAGCGUCGCCGACAAGAACUUCUUCACUCAGAAGAUCCGGCUGAACAGGCCGAGGGCCGUGCCAUGGUGACUGCGGCCAGUAUCUUCGAAAGCAUGGGCGGUACUGACCAAGACUUGCAUUCUUCUCACUCUUUUGGUGAGCAUGCCAUGGGCCACGUUCCUUCGGACUUGCAAGCUGCGGAGCGCGCCCCCUCAAAUCUCAUUGACAAGAGCGACCCGGCUAUCCAGACUCUGUUCGGCGAGAUUGACAUGAUGAACCAGGACACGGCCUCUGUUGUCGAUUCUGAUAGCGUUGAGGUUGCGGAGGAUGAAGGCCCCGUCUCCGCCAUCAAGCCCAGGGCCAAGCCCGCGGUCGAGACCUUCUGGCUCUGGCUGCCUCUUCGCUUCCCCAAAGUUCCCACCAAGGGUGCCUGGGACCUGACCCGAAUCCGGGACAGCAAAUACUUUUUCUCUUGA